ACCAGGGCUCUCGCUCUUGUCAAUUCACACCACUUACAAGAUCUCCAUCCAUCCAGGGCCAAACUUCCAGACUCCCUGCAUCACAAGCUAAAAGAGCAACCAUGAGCCAGUCCUAUUCAACCAGCCAGAGGGUGUCUUCCUACCGCCGUACCUUCGGUGGGGCAUCACCAACAUACACCAGGGCCUCCUAUGGGUCUAAAGGAGGUGCCGCCAGCUCACACUCCUCUAGGGUCUACCAGGUUUCCCGUUCAGCAGCAGUCCCUACCCUAUCCAGCUUCAGGGCAUCACGGAUUACCCCGGUACGGAGCUACGGCACAGAUGUUCUCGACUUCAGCCUGGCCGAUGCCAUGAACCAAGAGUUCCUUCAUACUCGCACCAAUGAGAAGGUGGAGCUGCAGGAGCUGAACGACAGGUUUGCCAACUACAUCGAAAAGGUACGCUACCUUGAGCAGCAGAAUGGCAUCCUGGUGACCGAGGUCAACCGGCUCAAGGGCAAGGAGCCGACCAGGAUCAGCGACCUGUACGAGGAAGAGAUGAGGGAGCUGAGGCACCAGGUGGACAUCGUCACCAAUCAAAGGUCCAGAGUGGAAGUAGAACGGGACAACUUGUUCGAUGACCUGCAGAAACUGAAACAGAGGUUGCAAGAGGAGAUUCAGCUUAAAGAAGAUGCAGAGAAUAACCUGGCAGCCUUCAGAGCCGAUGUGGAUGCUGCUACCCUGGCCCGCCUUGAUCUGGAGAGGCGCAUCGAGUCUCUACAGGAGGAGAUUGCAUUCCUAAAGAAGAUUCAUGAGGAGGAAAUCCGCGAUCUUCAGGCACAACUUCAAGAGCAGCACGUGCAGGUAGAGCUGGAAGUUUCCAAACCAGACCUAACGGCAGCUCUCAGAGAUAUCCGGGCACAGUACGAGAACAUUGCCGCCAAGAACGUCUCCGAGGCUGAAGAAUGGUACAAAUCCAAGGUAUCAGACCUCAACCAAGCUGCACAGAAGAAUACCGACUCUUUGCGCCAGUCCAAACAGGAACUCAUGGAAUAUCGCCACCAGAUUCAGUCCUACACCUGUGAGGUUGAUGCCCUUAAAGGCACAAAUGAUUCCCUGAUGCGCCAGAUGCGGGACCUGGAGGAGAGGUUCGCCGGAGAGGCAGCCGGGUACCAGGAUUCCAUUUCUAGGCUAGAGGAAGAGAUCCGUAAUCUCAAGGAUGACAUGGCAAGGCACCUUCGGGAAUACCAGGAUCUGCUGAAUGUUAAGAUGGCAUUGGAUAUCGAGAUUGCCACAUACCGCAAACUGCUGGAAGGAGAGGAGAGCAGGAUCAGCCUUCCUAUCCAGACAUAUUCCGCACUGAGUUUCAGAGAGACCAGCCCAGAGCAGAGAUCAUCUGAAGUUCACACCAAAAAAACAGUCAUGAUCAAAACUAUUGAGACCCGGGACGGAGAGUUGUGGAGUGUGUCUGGGGGAAUUUGUGCCCAUUCAGCCAAAAGAGUUGUUAGUGAGGCUUCCCAAAAACAUCAAGAGGUCCUGUGAGUGGGCGAAUGAAGACAGAAGCACCACAGGAGCACCGACUGACCACAGUGCACAGCCUGAGCGCAACCCUGCUGGACAAAACGCCAUCUUAUGCUGUCCCCUCACCACUCAACUCCUGCACCCGUCACCACUACUCCCCAACAUAAAGACUGCCAGGGGGCCAACUCAUGUUAGAGUGCCCCCCUCCCUCCCCCCUUUUUGGAGAAAACUAAUGUCAAGUACCCUCUUGGAAGUUUUCCAUCACUACAAGAGAGAAUGCAAUGAAACCAGAAAUAAAGUAAACAACACUUUCACAAA